CUCCCGCAUCUCUCUCUUUCUCUACUGAACACCGAAGAAGAAAGCGGAGAAGGAGAAAGAUGAAGGGUGGGACGGUCCAGAUCACAUGGCACGAUGGCAAACCCGUAUUAACCCUAGAUUUCCACUCUCCGACGGGACUACUCGCCACUGGUGGUGCCGACUGUGACAUCAAGCUAUGGGUGAUAUCACAAGGCGAUGCAUCAAAAAAGGUCCCAACAGCUUGUUAUCAGAACAGCCUUUCACGCCAUACCUCUGCCAUAAAUGUUUUGCGCUUUUCUCCAUCAGGAGAACAACUUGUCUCUGGUGCUGAUGGCGGAGAGAUGUUGUUGUGGAAGAUGGAAACAACAGAUGGUGUUCAGACUUGGAAAGUAUUUAAGACACUACUAUUCCAUCGGAAGGAUGUCUUGGACCUGGAAUGGUCUGCUGAUGGUUUAUACCUUGUUUCUGGAUCUGUAGACAAUUCAUGUAUUAUAUGGGAUAUGAAUAAAGGCUCUGUGCAUCAGAUUUUGGAUGCCCACUUGCACUAUGUCCAAGGAGUUGCAUGGGAUCCAUUAGGUCGUUUCAUUGCAUCCAUAAGCUCGGACAGAACCUGCCGGAUACUUGUGAACAGGCCUCAGAAAGCUAAAGGCCAAGAGAAAAUGAAUUUUGUUUGUCAGCAUGUUUUGACAAAAUCAGAAUCUCCAAUUCAGGAUAAUGCCAAGGAUGAUACUAAGCCGUUGUCACAUAAAUACCAUCUAUUCCAUGAUGAAACACUGCCUUCUUUUUUCCGAAGACUGGCAUGGUCACCUGAUGGAUCAUUUUUAGUUGCACCAGCAGGAAUUUUCAAGUUUUCUGAUGGUUCAACAACGUGCAACACUGCUUAUAUAUUGUCCAGGAAAGAUCUCUCAAGGCCUGCGUUACAGCUUCCAGGUGCCAGUAAACCUAUUGUGGCAGUACGGUUUUGCCCGAUAACCUUUAGUUUGCGUGGAUGUAAUCCAACUCCUUUCUUCAAGCUGCCAUACCGCAUUGUAUUUGCAGUGGCAACCCUAAACUCUCUCUAUCUAUAUGACACUGAGAGUGCUGUCCCAAUAGCAAUCUUAGCUGGACUUCAUUAUGCAGCCAUAACAGACAUUGCCUGGUCGCCUGAUGCCAAAUUUCUUGCUCUUUCGUCUCAAGAUGGCUAUUGUACAGUCCUGGAAUUUGAAAAUGACGAGCUGGGAUCUCCUAUAUCCAUAUCAGAAACAAGGAAAGCAGUGGGAGACUUAAAAUUGACAGAAGCUGAAGAAAAGACUCCCACUAAGGAGGUUAGACCACCUGCCAAUAACACCAGAUCCACAGUUGAUGAAGAGAUGGAAAUGGUUGAUGAAAAGAUGGACACAGAUGUGAACAGUUGCAGACAGACACCUUCUACGCAAACAGAAACUUUGGCGCCCAAUAAAUCUGCUAGAAAGCGUAUCACCCCUGUUGCAGUUGAUAAAUGAUAAGCCAGUAGGAUAGAGCAUUGUCAAUAUACUUUCGAAGACUGUAGAGCAGUCAUGGUGGAUAUGAAAGAUAUAUCACAGAAGCAGCAAGUUUUGCUUCAUACUGUUUGUUACGUCUGUUACAACUUUUUUGGUUUAGUGAAUAUAAUUCUUUUGUAUUCCUUCUCA